AUGCCGCGAUUUAAUCGACGGGAACAGCUGCCGCUCCACAUCAAGCGCGCCAUUUGCGCGCACCACCUCGAACACCCCGUCCUGCGCCAUGUCGACCUAGCUCGAUGGUGUUUCUCCCAGUACGGGUUGCGCCCGGAUUGCUCUACGAUCGGCCGCAUCCUAAAAACCGCCGAGCGAUGGGAUGUGACGUCCGACGGCGCCAACCCGGUGCGCCGUCGGGCAGGCGCCUGGCCAGAGCUGGAGCAGGCCAUGGGGCGGUGGAUAGCAAACGCAGGACCCGCCGGUGUGCCCCUCACACUCCAAACCAUCCGCGACCAUGUCGCGGCGAUGGCCAGGAACAUGGGCAUUCCGCCCACCUUCCGAUGCUCGAUCGGCUGGGUGCGCCGUGCAUUGCGGCGCCAGGGCGUGAGAUGCCGUGCGGCACAGGGCGAGGCCGCCAGCGCAGAUAUGGCGGCCGUGCGCGACGCCCGUGAGAAGAUGCCGCGACUCCUCACGCAGCUCGGCGUCGCCCCGCGGGACACCUUCAACCUCGACGAGACUGCUCUCUGGCUGUCGGUGCUUCCGCGGCGCACGUACAGCAGCGGCCGCAUACCAGGCCGCAAGGUCUCGAAGGAGCGAUUGACCGUCGCAUUCCUCGUGAAUGCGGACGGUAGCCAUGCAUUCCGGCCGCUUGUGAUAAGCAAGGCGAAGAGGCCGCAUGACUUCCGGCCCGACUAUGACCCUGAGGCGCUAUGCUACUGGCGCCAUAACGCCAAAGGCUGGAUGACCUCGCCUUUAUUCACGCAUUUCAUUACUCAUCUCAACGCGGCGAUGUUUGCCGAGGGUCGCAAAAUAGUGGUGCUGCUGGACAACGCGAGCAGCCACAUGCUGCGCGCCGUAGAUGCAUGGAGCGAGAUCGUGUGCGGCGUCAGGACCACGUGCAUGAGCCACGUGCGGCUUGUCUUCCUGCCGCCCAAUACCACGGCAUUCACUCAGCCGCUUGACCAGGGCAUAAUCGCCACCGCGAAGGCCCGCUACCGCCAGCAUUGGCUGCGGGCCUUCUCGGGUUUAUGGAACGCCGACGGAGCGACUUCCGCGGUCGCUCGAUUCCGGCCGAAUCUGCGAGAUGUGCUCGAGUGGCUGUCGGAGUCGUGGACCUCCGUCGGCGCGCGCACCAUUCAACGAUGUUGGUGGCGCACGGGGUGUCUUCCCCUCUCGUGGUCACUGGAGCUGCCGCACGUGCAUGACGACGAGCCCAUCCCCGCAGCUUAUCCCGACAUCGAACUCGACGAUGACAUCGAUGAUGUCGGGACGCUUAUUAACACGCUCGACCUCGGGAAUGCGGCAAUGACGGCGGCGGAAUACGUCGCCAUCGACGACGCGGAGCCCACGUGUGCGGAAGGCACGGCACACCCGCCCGUGACAGAGGAGGAGAUGCGCUCGGAGGUGGAGCUCUGGCAGGCGCCGACGACCAUGCAGGCCGUUUACGACGACGCCGACCCCGUGUGCCGUGAAGCGCGCCGCACUGCUCGUGCGGCGUGCGAGAUGCUCAUCGGCUACGCCCGGGCCACCCGCAUCACUCCGCGCGAUCUGUGCGCUCUUUUCGACAUCCGCAAUCCAAUCAUAAUCGCGCGGAUGGAGCGGGCGAGCCCGGGAUUCAAUCUCAACGUGGCGCCGCAGCCCGUACCCUCCCCCGGCGCAACCCCCACUCCCGAGACACCUCGUCCGCGAGGCCGUGUGCUGCCCGACUGGAUGACCCGCCAGUCCCGCCGUCAGCAGCUGCUUGAUGCCGGGGUGGGCGCCGUGAUGGACGGCUAUGUGGAUGCAGCGGAAUGGAUGCGUCUCACCGACUUCACCUUCAAAUCCAAAACCGUGGCUCCAGAACUCGAACUCGGCCCUAAGAACCGCGUAGGCGCGUACCUGAAAACACUCGAUAAGCUAUCCGACGCGCUGCGGUUCUUCGAAGCGCAUAAUUAUCUGGGCAGUUGCCGAUUGGAGCUGCGGCAGGGAAGGGCGCUGAUGGACGUUGCUGUGGCGCGACUGGGAGAGGAGUUUGGGGAGGUGCUGUGCGGUGGAAGGAUGGUCCAAGGGAGAGGAGACGGCUCUGCUUCUUUUGUUGAGUCUCUUCGAAACGCCUCCACCCCCGCCCCACCCGCCUCUCCACACCCGCCUCUCCAACCUACCCACAGCAUAACACCGGACCGAGGGUCAUUACUCAAAGCAGCCACAGGCAAGAUGUGUUUUGAGUCUCUCAAAAUGCGCCCCACCUCCCUCCCCACCCGUCUCUCCACCCCACCCGCCUCUUCCCACGCGCCUUUCCACCCAAGCCACAGCAUAACACCAGACCGAGGGUCAUUGCUCCAAUCAGCCGCAGGCAAGAUGCCGGGUGAGGUUGUGACGCCCGCACCUCCGCUAAGGCCUGAGGCUGUGACGCAGCUUCGGCCCAUGGCUGCUUGGAUGCUGAGCAAUGGAUACGAGUCUUCGUGCCUCUCGGUGUACGAGCAGUGCCGCGCGGCUGCUCUCCUGCAGUGCGUCACGCAGCUAAGCGGCAGCGCAGCAGCGUUGGGACCCGAUGAGGUGGCUGCGUUGUCCUGGGAGGAGCGAGAUCCCCUCUUGAAGCUAUGGGUGCUGCUUUUGGUUGGUCCAGAGACAGAGCUGUUCCGAGCCAUCAUCAACCUGAAUAAAGAGACAGAACCGUCGUCCAACAACGCUCGAGCGAGGUGCCUUGCAGGCGUGGUGCUGCCCUCGCUGACGCUGCUGCACUCCUCUGCCUGCGUGGUAGCGGGGUUGUGUUGGGAACCGCAGCACCUCUUCCCGCUGCUGCAUGUGGUGCAGGCACUGCUGACGCUGCAACCAGCGGUAGAGAAGCAGUUCCCAGGGAGGGCAGGGCAAGAGGUAGAAAAGCAAUUUCCGGGGGAGGCAGGACAGGAGGUGCGGCGUCUCUUUCUCCUCAUCUGCUCCUCCCUCUGCGCCGCCGUGCGUCGGACCAUCUCUGACUUCCAACUCAGAGUGCAUUUCAACCCCACACAACCCCUCACCACCCCUUCCUCCCCAGCACGACAACCCCGCAACCUCCCCUCCUCCCCCACCCGCUCCUCUUCCUCCUCCUCCACCUCCCUCAUCCCCCCCCCUCCUCUGUUUGAUCUCUCUCCAACGCGGGAAAUCCGGGAUGCUCUGAGUGCUCUUAAAGCCAGUCCGGAUGUGCUUCCUCUGACCAGCUACCUGGUCAACUUCGUCAUUCUUUGCUUGGACCCGUCCCUAUACCUAAGCACGUUGCUGCUGGUGUAUGGAGGGGAGGAGGGGAACGAGGAGGUGGGCGCGGCACGGGUGGGGGUGGCAUCACGGCUGCUGCUGGCAGCUCUGAAGCCGAAUCUGGAGCGCAUGGGAGGCGCGUUCUAUUGUGAUGAGGGCAUGCAAGCCUUCUUUCUCCUCAACAACUGUGCUUACAUGCUGCACAAGGUGGCAGAGCAUGACGAGGAGCACGUGAAGCAGGUCCUUGGGCAGGCUUGGUUGGACGAGGUUGCAAAGGAGCUGUUGAGACAUCGAGACACGUACAUUCGGUGCAUCAGAGACAAGGUGGCACCAGUGCUGUGGGGUCAUCAAGCGAACGCUCAAGCCUUCACGAAGCAGCUUCAGGCGUUUCACAGCCUGCUGGAUGCUGUUCAGAGGCAGCAGAGCAUGUGGAGCAUUGGGAAUGCCGAUGCGCGGGCAAGCGUGCGGGACGAGGUGGUUUUGCAGGUGCUUCAGCAAUACAGGGACUUUUUGGACCGGCACAGGUGCUAA